AGCAACAGCGAGGCAACUAGACGGCCGUCCACGACGAGUGCUGGGAAUCAUUCAUCUUGUGUAGCCUCACGAGGCACUUACUUGAUGCGGCCUAUUCGUCGUCGUCCUUGUAUUGUACAGCUCUCAGCCUCCAGCCGUUGAAAAAACAAACCAUGUCCACCAUCGCCGCUGCCAUCCCCGCACCGACAGAGACGUCGCCGCUGCUCGGCCACGGCCACCCGCCCGACACCAACGGCGGCGAUGCCCUCAACAAUGGCGACGGCGGCGACCAUGGCACCAAUGGCCCGCCCAAGGAUCCUCCUCGGGACGGGGACCCGGCCAUGGCCAAGAAGAUGCACCUCUUCCUGCCCGCCGUCGGAAUAGGGCUCUUCCUCGUCGCCGUCGAUCAGCUCCUCACCGUGGCCACGUACGCCAAGAUUGGGAACGAGCUCAACUCCCUCAACAACAUCAGCUGGAUCGCCACCUCAUACUUCCUCACCCUCACCAGCUUCCAGCCCCUGUACGGCAAGCUCAGCGACAUCUUCGGCCGCAAGGAGUGCCUCCUCUUCGCCUACGCCGUCUUCGCCCUCGGCUGCGUCGGCUGCGGCCUCGCCCGCGACAUGGCCCAGCUGUGCCUCUCGCGCGCCGUCGCCGGCGUCGGCGGCGGCGGCAUGAACGCCGUCGUCUCCAUCCUCCUCUCCGACAUCGUCCCCUUGCGCGACCGCGGCAUCUGGCAGGGCUACCUCAACAUCAUCUUCGCUGCCGGCACCUCAACCGGCGCGCCCCUCGGUGGCUUCCUCGCCGACUCUGUUGGCUGGCGUUGGUCCUUCCUUGCUCAGGCGCCUCUCUGCGCCAUCGCCUGGCUGGCCGUCUACUUCGUCCUCGACGUCCCCCGCCCCGACCAGUCCCACUGGCUCGACAAGAUCCGCAAGGUCGAUUUCCUCGGCGCCUUCACCCUCGUCCUCGCCGUCGUCGCCCUCCUCGUCGGCCUCGACUCGGGCUCCAACCUCGGCUGGUCCCACCACGUCACCGUCCUCUCCCUCAGCUUCGCGCCCCUCCUCUUCGCCCUCUUCGUCCUCGUGGAAGUCCGCUUCGCCGCCCACCCCUUCGCCCCCGGCCACAUCAUCUUCGACAGGGGCCUCUUCGCCUGCUACCUCGCCAACUUCUUCGGCUCCGCUGGCCAAUUUGGCCUCUUGUUCUUCCUGCCCCUCUACUUUCAGGCCGUCGAGUCGUACAGCGCCACUGUCAGCGGCUCGCUUCUCGUCCCAGCCAUGGUCGCCGGUGUUUCGGCGUCCAUCGGAGCCGGCUGGACCAUCAAGCGGACCGGCAAGUUCUACGCCAUCACCAUUGCCGGCUACGGUUUGCAGGCGUUCGGCGUCCUGCCCCUCGCCGUUUCACUCUGGUACAAGGCUACUGUCGGCGAGGUCACCUCUCUGAUGAUGAGCGCCUUUGGUGGCAGCUCUGGCAUCACCACAACACUCAUAGGCCUCCUCGCCAACGCCUCCACCGAGGACACUGCUGUCGUCGUGGCCUGCUCCUACUUGUUCCGCUCGCUAGGCUCUAGCAUCGGCAUCUCCAUCUCCUCGGCAGUCCUCCAGCAGGUGUUGCGAACUCAGCUAGCCGCCCGCCUGCCCAACGGCGACGAGGCGCGUCACAUUGAGGAGCACGUUCGUCAAAACAUAGACUACAUCCGUGAGCUGCCCCCGCGCAUUGCCGAGCAGGUCCGUGGCAGCUAUCAGAUCGCCACGCUGGGUGCCUUUAUCCCGACACUCGUCUUUGGCAGCACCGCCUUUUUGGUAACGUUCUGGGUGAGGGAGAAGUCGCUCAAGAGGUGACGCAUCUGCGUUUCAGUGGUGGGAUUUUGGUUAUUGUUUCCCAUCGUCUACCAGUGAAAGUGAGCCAGCAAUAUACACGACCCAAGGGCGCAAAUAUCGUGUGCGCCUUGUAUGUGAAGC